CUUUCGUCUCUCCCCAUUUCUGUUCCUCCUCCCGGCUUCAAAAUCCAUGGAAAACCAACCCACAAAUCCUUCCCAUUUCUAGUCCAAACCUCCACUUAAGACAGAUAAAACAACCAAGAACACCCCCCAAAAAUUCACAAAACGGACCGCAUUCCUAAACCAAAUGCGGUUUAAAAUGUCAAUCCUCUCAAGAACUCAAGCUCUACUCUCCAACACCUAUAAAUGCCCCACUAAUCCCUUCCGGAAGAUCUCAACCUUCCAAUCCCUGUUCCAAGAGCCCCAGCUCCUCCAAGAUCCCUCUCCUUCCACUCCGUUGCCCCCAAAUCCCUCCUCCGGAAGUCCUCUCUACCAAGAGAACUGGCGAAACCCUAACCCUGUCCCUAACACUAGCCUCUCCCAAUCCCUCAUCGUCCCGCUCGGCUUCCCUUCUUUGACGAUCCAAUCCCUCUCCCAAACCCUAGAUGUCGCCAGCCUCAUGAACGUCUUCGCCGAUUGGAUGACAUCGCAGCGGUGGGCUGAUCUCAAGCAGCUGUUCGAGUUCUGGAUCCGGUCUCUAGACAAGAACGGGAAGCCGAACAAGCCCGAUGUGAAUCUGUACAAUCACUACCUGAGGGCUAACCUCAUGAUCGGCGCAUCAGCCGGGGAGCUGCUGGAUCUGGUAGCGCAGAUGGAGGAUUACGGUAUUGGGCCGAACACUGCUUCAUAUAAUCUCGUGCUCAAGGCGAUGUACCAGGCUAGGGAGAACGAGGCCGCUGAGAAGUUGCUCGAUCGGAUGCUGCUGACAGGAAAGGAGUCGCUGCCAGAUGAUGAAUCAUACGACUUGGUUAUCGGAUUACUCUUUUUAGUAAAUGAAAUUGAUUCUGCUUUGAAAUAUUUAGAUUUGACUCUGAAAUCGGGUUAUAUGGUGUCAAUAAGGGUGUUUACUGAUUGUGUGUGGAGUUGUGUAAAUGCUGGCAGGUUGGAUACUUUGGCAUCCAUCAUAGAGAGGUGCAAGGCGAUGGAUCAAAAUAAAGCCUUGUGCCCAAGCUGGAAUCUAUGCAAUUUCAUUGCAGAUGUUGCACUGCAAGCAGAUAAUAGCAAGCUAGCUUUCUAUGCCUUGGAAUUCUUGGCUAAAUGGAUUGCUCGUGGUGAGAAUGCUAGACCCGCUGUUCUUCUUUCUGUUGAUGAAGGAUUGGUUGCGUCAGCAUUUGGAACUGCUGGCAGGACGUACAAUGCUACUCUUUUGGAUGCUUCUUGGGCAAUUCUACGGCGUUCUUUGCGUCAGAAAAGGGCACCAAACCCAGAAUCAUACCUUGGAAAAAUAUAUGCUCAUGCAUCACUGGGGAAUUUGCAACGGGCUUUCAGUACACUUCAUGAAUUUGAAAAUGCAUAUGGAAAUUCUACUGAAGCAGAAGAAGACGUAUUAUCUCCAUUUACCUCUUUAUAUCCAUUGGUUGUAGCAUGCUCCAAGGAUGGGUUUGCAACAUUAGACUCGGUGUAUUUUCAAUUGGAGAAUUUAAGUCGUGCAGAUCCUCCUUACAAGUCUGUUGCUGCUCUGAACUGUAUAAUAUUAGGUUGUGCAAACAUAUGGGACCUUGACCGGGCCUACCAGACUUUUGAAGCCAUCAGCGGUGCUUUUGGAUUGACACCCGACAUCCAUUCCUAUAAUGCUUUGAUGAGUGCAUUUGGAAAGCUCAAGAAGACAUUUGAAGCUUCAAGGGUGUUUGAGCAUCUGACUAGCUUGGGUGUGAAGCCAAAUGCAAUGUCAUAUUCAUUGCUUGUUGGUGCACAUCUUAUCAACCGGGACCCAAAGGCUGCUGUCUCUGUGAUCGAUGAGAUGGUGAAAGCUGGUUUUACUCCCUCAAAGGAGAUUCUUAAAAAGGUGAGAAGGCGCUGUGCCCGAGAAUCUGAUUACGAGAGUGAUCAACAGGUGCAGUCUCUGGCCCAGAAGUUCAAGUACCGAAUGGGCACUGAAAUCCGUAGAGAAAUGCUGUUUGGGCUCGAGUAUACCACCAAUUACCCUUAGGAGUGUGGCCUUUGGAUUUGUUUACUCUUGGGUCUUUCUCCCUUUAAUAGCAAGCUUCAAAUUUGACAUUUUGUUUCGCCAAGUAAGCUUGCCAUUUUCAUCAUCUGUUCUCCAGCAAAUCCAUCAUCAAUUCUUGUAAAUUACCUGAUUGUACUCGAUUUUUAGAUGUUCAGAGAGUGGAAUCUAGGAUUAAAGCCUCCUGUAGUAAUUUUUGUUCUUCUAGUUUUUGGUAUGUUUUCCUGGCACUUCCUUGAGGAAAUCUUGAGGGUAACUGAACUGCUGUUGCUUAACAUAAACGUCUGAUCAAAUUGCAUGGAUAUCAGCCAAAAAAUUAUUGGACCUGCUAAUAAUGGAUAAGUCCAGAGUAGAAUAUUUUUGUUUGUUUCA